AUGAUUGUGACCUCUGUCGGCAGUCCUUCGUGGUGCUCAGCAGCACCACCACCACCACCGGUGUCGACAAUUUCUUCUAAAGGACGUGCAAUUGUGGAUUUAUCUUCUUCUAAACCCAAGUCUACCACCAGUAACGUCUUGAUCUCCCUCGCCGAAACUCUAUAUGUUCCUGCUUCUACCACAACUAGCAAAAGCUUCGUGGAUGUUCCCUUUGAAUUCGAAUUACCAGAUGAUCCGUCGUCGCCUAUGAAUGAUCGGUGGGUCCUACCGCCGUCACAGAGCUACAAGACAGCGGCUUAUGGGUUUCAAGUCCACUAUGAACUCGAGGCACACGUCGCUCAGAAUAGGCCAAUGAGCUUGACGAAUCGGCUAUCACGGAAAGAAUCUACUAAUUCAUUAAUAUUUCUAAUAUCUUUAAACUACAUCUCGGGGAAGAGCUCGUCGAGUACAUCAACUUCAACAACAGUGCCUGUUACUCUCAAGUUUUAUUCGAAAGCCAGUCUAUUGGCGUUACUGGACUUUGAUGAUGAUCCGUAUAUAUUUGGGCAUACGUGGCAGUACUUGGACGUAGUGGUAAUCAGCAGUUGUAUGGCAGGAGGGCGUAUGGAACCUGUCGAUAUCUCAGUCACGGCAAAUCCACAUAAAAAGAUACAAAUCACCAAAGCUAAUGUUUCCUUACUAGAGAAGCAUACUGUAUCAGCAGGAUCAUCUCUAGUCGAGCAAACCAGGGUUCUAGAAAGUGCGAUGCUAAUGAAGCUGGACUCGUCGUUGACCGACGCGACUCAGGAGUUGCACGCAAGAUUAUACGUCAUUGCCGAUAGUUUACCGUCUGAGGAUCUACCAUUUGCUCCGAUUAGUCUCGAGGUUGACUCAACACCUUCACCAACAAGCUCAGCAUCUUCUCCGGACUCUAUAUUCUCAUCAAUGAUGCUGAGCCCGGAAGCUGCAUAUAAUUCCCUGCUUCGUCGAAACAAUAGCUUUACGGACUCAUCAUUGCAACGUAGUAGGUCUACCGACUCUUUGAAUAAUAUGAUUACUACUACUACAAUCGCAUCACAUUCCCAUGCAAUGACACGUGGAACUGUACGCCAUACCAAUGGAGCCUCUUCUAGUUCAACUCUACCGAUACUAGGCAUGACGAGCAACGUAUGCUUUGACGUGCAGCAUGAGAUCCAAGUAUCAUUCACGGUGGGAGUCGAUGGCAAGUAUACAAACCUCUCGUGUGUCUUCCCCUUCAGGGUAACUAGUAUCAGGUCAUCGGACGCAUUGGAUCUGCUUCAAGAGCAGCCAGAUCUUAUACCGCCGUCGACGUAUGAAAAGGCUAUAGGCCUUCGCAGGAAUCUGGACCAUCAUCCGGCUUGGCGAAUAUCUACGGCUUUUGGAAUAGAUGAAGCUGAUGGACACGUCAACUUGCUAGAAUUGCAACGUGUAGACUCGGAAAGCACUCGGUCAUGGUUUUGUGGAAAUUCAGUCAUUCAAGAUGGAAGCUUUUUCAUGGUCUCGCCAUUUGAUCCUCUCUUCUUGCUGCUUCCAAUUUUGACCAAACUUCGCAAGAAGACUGAAGAAUCGGAGGGUGUCUUUUUAUCACUGGAUGAUAUCUUGCACCAUGACGAAUUUCCAAAGUUGACCAUGUUGUCUGGAAUCACUGUUUUGGAUGCCAUUUGUGACACGAAAGUCGCUGGUGCUGACUUUCUGUUUUAUCGACUGAAUGAUGACAAAACACUGUCAUGGCUUAUGACAAAGGUCAAAACUCUACAAGAAAAGACUCAUGAUUCGCCAGUUUUCGAGUCAGCAAGGAGAGAAGAACAUGGGAUGUCACCAGAGGAAGCCAAAGAAAAGAGAACAAAAUUGACUCUGCGAAUACUUUCAAGUUGCUUACCAAAGGAAUGGGAAGAUCGACUUGUUGCUUCGUACACAUUCUCUGAUCAACCCAAAGGAGGAGAAUCAGAAGAGUACCAUUAUUAUGAUGCAACCAAAGGCCCAUCUUCCAUUCGACCUCCAGAAACAUUUGGCAGCGGUGAUGGCAAGAAGCGGGGUGCUCUUCCCAUGUCGGCAUCUCAAGAAGCCAAGAAAAAGAAGGCCAAGUCCACUUCGAUGGGCGUCAAGGCUCUUUCCAAAGUCAAUACGAGUAAAAUGAACAAGCUAGACUCGUUUUUUACGCGUAAAUGA